GUCAAGCUAGUCUCCAAUAUAUGAUAUCAUGGCGCCUGUAUCACACCCCCCAAAGGGAUGGCUUAUCCCAACCCAAGGAUUCCAUGAUUCUUCCAUUCGGUUUCUACGCGAUCGGCCGCCACCUGGUCCGAUCUUCGCCCGUUUUUUUAUUCUCGCUCUUCUUUUUCCGUUUCCCGUCGCCGCCCCCCUUCCCACCCCUUUCCUUCCUUUCUGUCUGGAACUCUGGAUGGGGCCGAUGGAAUACAAACCGGACGAUUUCUCUCUGGGACUGGUGUGUGUGUUUCAUGGAGCUUUGCCUGGAUUGGGAAAGGACACGUUGUUGACGGAUGAGAUGGGGUGGAAAAUGCGUUCGUCGAUCGAAAUGAAAUUGGAUUGAGUUUGGGUCAAGUCCACAC